UACAUGGGUACUUUCCAUGGUAAGCCAUCUGGAUGUUUGAUGUAUGAAUUAUCCCAUUCCCUGAGGAAGAACACAAACGAAUUGCUUUGGUUUGCUUGUCUGGCUUUGACUGAUCAAUUUGUUCACGAGAGAUUAACAAAUGAGAGAUACCAAGCUGGGGUGAUGGAGCUUGAGCAGCAUAUUAAUAGCUCAGGGAAUUUGGAUGCUGUUACUUUGGUGACUCUAAAAGAUGGAACAAAGGUGUCUGCACCCGAUUGUUCAAGAAUUGCAUAUGAAGAUGAGCCAAGAUUAAUGUUGCUACAAGAAUGGAAUUUGUUUGAUUCGAUGCUUUGCUCAUCCUACAUUGCAACUAAAUUGAAGACUUGGAGUGACAAUGGGAUAAAAAGAAUGCAGCUAAUUUUAGCUCGAAUGGGAUUUGCUCGUGAGGAGUGCAGACAGAAGUUUCAAUUCAUGAGUGUUGACAUCAAGCGGAGAAUGAAGGAUAUGUUUGAAAAGUUUUUACCAGAGUAUGGGCUUACAGAGUUCUACUACAGAGGCUUCUUGCUGCUUCAUGGGUAUAGUUCAAAAGUUUCUGCAGCAGAUGUGGUGUAUGGAGUUACUGCACUGUUGGAGUCAUCUGUUGAGUCAGAUGGCUCCUGUGCUUCCAAGCAGUUUGGGGUGGCCUAUGAUGCAUUGUCCCUGAGCAAGCUCGAGAAGCUGGAAAUUGGAAUGCAACAAGCUAUCAAGGUACAAAGGGCGAUUCUUAGACAAGGAAGUGCAGCAAUAACCAAGAAGGGAUCUAUCAGAAGUGGGAGUAAAUUCAGGUGGGGAGCAAAAAUGAAGCCUUUGAUCUGUGUUUGCUACACUCAAGAGCGCCACCAGGUGUUGAUUGUCGGAGUUUGUGGGAAGCCACGGCUUGGAGCAGUUCAAGGAAAUGCAUUUGGGAUUGCUUUCAGAAAUGCAGCUGAGGAGACUGGAGCUGAGUUCUUUCAUGAGCUAUUUGAAUCCUCAUGGAUAGUUCUUGAUGCAGUUGCUGUUAAUUCAUUCAUGAUCAGGUUAACAGAGAAGCUGUGGUGA